AUGGCAGAGUACGCGAGCCUUCGACAGGCAGACGCAGAUUUCGAAAAUUCGGAGCCCUCGAUCAAAGACGUCAGCAUUGAUGGACACCGAAGCUACGCAUCCCGCGAAUACGAGCGAUGGCUUUAUCGCAAUCGGCAGUCGCCUGUGACGUUGGGGCUCCUUGCGCUUCUGGUAAUUUUAGUUUCUCUCAACCUGAUCCUCGCAGCGGAGAACUACUUGGAACAUCGGUCAGAUUCUAUCAAGAAACCCCUUAGCUACGGCCCAUUGCUGUCAUGGGAAGUACUGCACCCGGGCAAAGAAGUUGGAGGUUUCUUGCUUUAG